AUGAAUAAUUAGGAUUAAGUAAGUUUUAACUUAUAAGAUUUUAGUCAAUAUUAGUUGAUGAAGAAUUUUGUGAUAAGAAUCUAUUUAGUCAUUAUCAAAAAACAAGAAGGGAAAAUGCCAAAUAAAAUCCACAAAUUAAUCCUUAUGAUUAUUAACUUAAUACUAUCAAUAGAUAUCAUAUAGGAUACCUAGACCAUCCUCACAUUAAAUCUAGUAAAAUUAUAAUUUCUAAUAAAUACGAGCUCAAAACAUUUCAAUCAAUAAGCUUUAAUUAAAGAAGUUCAACAUGUAAAAGCCAGUCUGUAAGGAACUCGAAAAAUCUAAAGAGCCUCUCAAUAGAAAUUCGACAGUCUUAGAUCUAAAAUCAAAAAACAUGUUUUUUCAAAGGCAUUAAGGUUUAGGAAAACUUAAGCCAAUCAUACAAAAAGAAACAUUAGUAAAUCCCAUCUCUUAGACAUAAAGAUUCACUACUAAAAAAACUACUGAAACCCCUGUUGUUGAAAUCUGUAGCAGCAACUUUCCUGAAUAAAAACCAGCAUCUUUUCGUUAUAAUGAUCUACAAUUAAAUCAAUAUUUAGAAGAAUUUAAAUUGUUAAAGUAAGAAACUCUUACUACAGUGAUUCUGCCUCACGUCUAAUAUAACAAAAAUAGAACUUAAAAUAAUUACACAUAAACAACUAAUAGAUAUAAAACACAUAAUAAUUAUUAUAAUAGCAUAAUACCUAAAAAUAAAGUUCAAUAAAGAUCAACUAAUUAAGAGUCUUCUAAAUAGAACCUAACUUUAAGUGGAUGGAGUGAUUAUUCAAAUAAAUGA